GGCGCCGGCUAUGGCCGGACUACGGCAUGGGUGAAUGGGUUAGAACAACCGGCAUCAUCUGCUUGGGUUUGUGCGAAGCGUUCGGCACUGUUUCGCAUGACAUCCUGGGCUCUAAACUGGGGAGACAUGGAUUGGAUGGAUGGACCACUCGGUGGAUAAAGAACUAGCUGGAUAGCCCCACGUAAAGUUGCGGUCAGCGGCUCAUUGUCCACAUGGAGACCGGGGGCGAGUGGUGUCCCUCAGGGGUGGUACUGGGGCUAAUAGCAUUCACCAACUUUAUCGGCGACAUAGACAAUGGGAUUGAGGCAGCCUCAGCAGGUGACACCGAGCUGUGUGGUGCUGUUCCAUGGUGGAGCGACGGGAUGGGGACUAGAGCAUCUCCUCUAUGGAAGAAGAGAAAGUUUUGUGGACAUCUCACAGCAGCCUUCCAGUAUCUGGAGCAGCCUACAAGGAGAGAUUCCUCACCAGGAGCACGGGGGAAUGGGUUCGGACUAAAAGAGAGGAAAUUUAGUUUAGAUGUUAGGAAAAUGUUUUUCCCUGUAAGGAUGGGGUUGUCCUGACAUAGGUUGUCUAGAGGAACUGUGGCUGCCCCAUCCGUGGAAGUUCUCAAGGCCAGGUGCUGCUGCUGCGAGACGGCGGGGCGAGCAUGGGACCGGCGGACCCGCUGCAGAAGAUCAGUAUCAGCGCCGAGAGCCCCCGCGGGAGCGAGAGGAACGGCAGCGGGCCGGCGCUGGCGGGCGCUGACGGGGCCGCCCCCGGCAGCUGGAGACACAAGUGUGCGGCCUAUGUGCUGGCGCUCCGGCCCUGGAGCUUCAGUGCCUCGCUGACCCCUGUGGCGCUGGGCAGCGCGCUGGCGUACCGGGCCGAGGGAGCGCUCGACCCGGGGCUGCUGCUGGGAAGCGCCGUGACCGUCCUGGCUGUGCACGGGGCCGGCAACUUGGUGAAUACCUACUAUGACUUUUCCAAAGGCAUCGACCACAAGAAGAGUGAUGACAGGACAUUGGUGGACCAGAUUUUGCAGCCGCAGGAUGUAGUGCGGUUUGGAGUCUUUCUCUACACUGUGGGCUGUAUCUGCGCUGCUGGACUUUACGCUGUCUCCACGCUCAAGCUGGAGCACCUGGCCCUGAUUUACUUUGGAGGACUUUCCAGCUCCUUCCUUUAUACCGGAGGAAUUGGAUUUAAAUACGUUGCGCUUGGCGACGUGGUGAUCCUGAUCACCUUUGGGCCCCUGGCUGUGAUGUUUGCCCACGCAGUGCAGGUGGGUUACCUGUCUGUGUCACCUCUGCUCUACGCUGUCCCUCUGGCCCUCAGCACUGAGGCCAUCCUGCACAGCAACAACACACGGGACAUGGAGUCAGACCGGCAGGCGGGGAUUGUCACCUUGGCCAUCCUCAUCGGCCCCACCUUCUCCUAUAUUCUCUACACCGUGCUGCUCUUCUUGCCCUACCUGAUCUUCUGUGUGCUGGCCACACGUUAUACCAUCAGCAUGGCACUGCCACUGCUCACCAUCCCCAUGGCAUUUUCCCUGGAAAGACAGUUCCGGAGUCAGAGCUUCAGCAAAAUUCCUCAGCGGACAGCCAAGCUCAAUCUACUGCUGGGCCUUUUCUAUGUUUUUGGCAUUACAUUGGCACCAGCUGGUGCUCUGCCCAAACUGUGAAAACAGCUGUAUGGUCAGGCCUCAUACUUCACUAUUCAAGCCAAUUAACAGUGGAUGUUAUGAGCAAAUGACCCAUUAUGGACAGUGAGAAGAAUGGAAAGAGCACCUUGCACUGUUGACAAUGAAUGUUAUGAUUUCUGGUCCUGGAUAGCUUAUACAACAAACUUCCAAAAAGUGAUUUGUCAGUUCUGCAGAACGGGAGAACUGUGUGCCUGUGCUUUGAGGUCAAGGAAGUGUUUAAAGAACCUCAUCCUUCUGCUACCUAAUUUUUUCACUGUCAGUUCAAUUGAAAGGUAGAGCCUCAAAUCACACUUGAUGUUCACAAGCACAAUGAUUGCUCUUAUCACUUAUUUUCUUAUAGCGGUGAAGGAGUCCAGUGGCUCCCAUAUGGGAAUCAGAAAACACUGCCAAAAUAUUUAGCAUCACAAUGUAGGUGCCAUUAAUUCACUCCAUUGUAAGUUUAUUUCAUCUUCAUCUGUUGUAUGUUUCAAUUUUUGUUUUGCUUUUCCUUGACAAAUUUUGAGCUUUUAUUUUGAAGCUCCCUGAAAUGGACUAGAUAUUGAUUCAUGAACUGUUGCUUCUGCUUGUCCCAUAUAGUCUGAAAAUUUCAAAGUUAGAAAUCUCUGUGGGUUGUGGUGCUAAAAUGGAGCAUGAAUAACCCACUGCCCAACCUUUAGGCCAAAAUCAGUACAUCUGUAUUCUGCUACAAAAGCUGAAGCUGUAAAAGCAAACCAUGCAACAGGAAAGCCCUCAAUGGGUAGAAAAACAAAUGGUUUUCAUUUUUGUAUUUGCUUAUAAUUUACUCUGUGAAAUAACAGUUUUUGAGUUAAGGGGGAGCUGACAGAGUGCCAGAUUUCUCUGAAUAGCUAUGGAUUAAUGGAUACAUGGGUGGGAAACAAAUUCUUGAUUUGAAAAAGCUUUUUUUUUUAAAAAAUAAUUGUUUUUCUCUGUUUAUUUAGACUAUUAUUCACAGUAUUACAGUUAAAUGUCUUAUUAUAAGAAGCCCAGUUCAUCAAAGAAGAAAGAUGUAGUGUUAGAAAAAACAAAUCUAUAUUAUUGCAUUGGCUCUGCAUAAAAAUUAGGACUGGAAAUGGGAAGGAACCAGUUUUGUUAAUAAGAUUUUUCUUAAUGGAGUCCAGAGUUUGUGUCACUGAAUCACAAUUAAGUGAUCUCUGAAGGGAAAGUUCCCCACCUCUUUUCCCCCCUCCAUACCUUGCUUUGUUUUCUCCUGCAGAUCUUGCCACUUGCUGUUCAUGUGGCCCUUUGGAGAGUUGAUUGUUUCAGCAGUUAUGUAGCUGUGUGCAAAACAUGCCAAACAUAAUGGGGAAAAUAUGUGCCUUCCAGUGCAAAGAUGGAUUUGACCCAUAACACAUUAGUGGCAACUGAAUUCUGUUCUGUGUUAUUUAGUACCUGUGCACAGGUUUUCAUGAAAAGCUUGUUUGCAGGAGCUGUGGAAAACUCAGAGGAAAUGACACAGGUGUUGAAGUAGAGCUCCUGGUGCCAGGUGCCAACCUUGCUUUUGAACAAGUGUGUGAAGCACUGUAUGAAGGGCUUUUACACACGAGCAAUAAACUAGCAAUCAACUCACAUGGUGUUACCCUGCAUCUGUCAUAGGUAAGUUAUGCCCUCCUGGUGGAAAUCUGAAAGAGCCAAGUGUCCCACUAGUGGGUUUUAGUGAAAGCAGUGAAGCUGAGUUGAUGUACCAGGUUACAUGGUAUUUAGAGACUGGUUUUACAGCUUCAUGUUAUCCACUGGUACCCAGCAGUUAUAUCUGAGCUGAAGUUGAUGGGAAGGAGUCUUUGCAGGCCUAUUUAAAAAGCUACAGUUUCAUCUUUUAUUUAUUAAAAUGGGCAAAUGAUCUCUCUAAUCUGAUCAGGCACAGAACAAGGAGAUGGACUUCAGCAACUGCUUUCUACAAUAAAAUGCUUGUUAGGAUUAAAAACACAAGGAGAAAAUGCAGAAGUUCAGCUCAGAUGGAUGGAGGGAGAUACCCAGAAAGUUUUGGAAACUGUUUUCAAUGCAGAUAUGCACAACAGAGUUUUUACUGUUGCUUCUUUGUGGACCUACAGAAUGAAGAAGAAUCUGCCUCCAAUACCCAUUUCACAUUUCUGCAAACCAAAAGCUUUUGUAGGGAUAAGUAAGGGCUGAGCUGUCAAAUCUGUUAACCUUGCAGUUGGGGAUAUGCAGGUUUAUUGGGUUAAUCCUGCCCUUUGUAGCAGCUGUAUGCUUCAUUUUAGGACAGCUUGCUUUUGAAUAGCUUUCUGUUUCAAAGAAUGGUUAGUUAUCUUUACUUCUUUUACCAAAAACUAGAGUACUCCAGCUAAAUUCCUUAAAGUAACUUGGCUUGUAUCUUUGAUAAUUGUAAUUGUAAUAACAGGAAGAUCAUUGGUGAGGUGGAGUAUGUAACUUACUGUAUCUUGACUACCCUUUUCCUGGGGAGGAUGUCUACUUAGGGCUGGAAAGGACCAGUGCUUUUUGUUACUAAAAUGGAACAGCUCAUUAGUACAAAAAUAGGUGUGUGGAACACUUUCUGAGGUUGGGGGGGAUUCAAAGUAUUUUAAUAGUAAAACUGAGAUGAAAAUUUCCUAAUUCCUUACUAGCAGAUGCUGGUUGCCUCCAGUUCCCUCUCUCUGAAAAACAGUAUCAUUCCAGGUUCUUAAGGAUAUUAAUAAUAACUAACACAUUCUUCACCAUGGUUUUGAGGAAGUCAUUUAACUUCUCUGUGUCUCAGAAAACAGCUAAUUUUUGCCUGCCUUACAGGGAUGCUGAGCUGACCUCAUUGUCAUAGAGAGCUUUGAAAGUGAAAAAUGCUUUAUCUCUGUGUGCUUUCCAAAAAGCUUGUUAGUACUAGAAAACAUUUUAGAUAUGAACUAAGAUAAAGGGUGACUUAACCAAUGUAAUUAGGCCAAAAUAAUCUUCACAUAUAACCAGUGAGUAGUAAGAGAGGUUCAUUUAUUGGUUUGCUUUGUGAUGAAGAUGCUGGCUCUCUUCCCCUACCCCACUUUUCCCUGUCCCUUGCUACUUUCCCUGGAUAUAAACUUCAGAAACUUCUUUCAGGUCACUCUUGGUGAGCUGUAUUGCAGUGUGAUGAAUGUGCACUGGUAGAUGAACAGAUCUGUAGCCCAUCUGUUAAUGUGUCCUAAAGCACCUCCUGGCCUUUCUUCUUACCCAAUAAACUGUCUGAAUGUUACUCAGUUAA